AUGGCCACAACGCACGAAGCGGCGGCGACCAUCGACGUGGUCAUCAUCGACGUGGUCAUCAUCGGCGCCAGGAUCUCUGGCAUGACUUUAGCCAUUGACCUGAUAAGACUCGGCCACGGCAGGAGCUUUUUGAUCAUUGAGAAGGGUCAUCGCAUCGGCGGCACUUGGUUUGACACCUUCGCACCCAACCCAGACUGGUCUCGAGAGUGUCCGACGCAGCCCGAGAUCCAGCGAUACUUGACUGGUACACAGACAAUUGGCUUACGCUUUGUCGUAUCAGCCGUCGGCCAGCUGAAAUUACCUAAGUAUCCGAAAAUCCCGGGAAUCGAAGACUUUGCAGGACUCGAUCUUCGUGGGAAGCGAGUCGCGGUCAUAGGAAAUGGUGCAACUGCCAUUCAGAUCGUACCUGAGCUCGCAAAGACUGCAAAGUCUCUAGUUGUCUUCCAAAGAUCACCAAACUGGGUAACACCUCGAGAUGAUUCCACGAUUUCGGCCUGGCGCCAAUCCAUGGAUAUUCGCGAAGCGUAUUGGUCGGUACUGGUGGACACAGAUGGCGAGACUCACCAGACCUUGAAAUCUAUUGCUUCCCAGCAACUCAAUACGCAGCUUCCUGGCGACGAGCGUUCAGAGUUGCGUAAAGUGCUCACGCCCAACUACCCGCCUGGUUGCAAGCGCAUCCUCAUCAGCGAUGACUACUAUCCGGCGCUCGGCAAGCCUCACGUUACCUUAAAGACCGCCGCAAUCGAAAAGAUCACUGACGAAGGUAUCCGUGCCUCGACAGGCUGGAACUCAGCUAAAGUUGAUGGAAUCAUCUAUGCGACAGGCUUCCAAGCCACACAGUUUCUCUCCCCAAUACACAUUGGAGUAUCUGGCCAAGAUACGCUUGCCGAACGUUGGACCAAGGGAGCGUAUGCAUUCAAAGGCAUCAUGGUUCCGAAACUCCCAAACUUCGCUAUAAUGUACGGACCUAACACCGAUCUCGGACAUUCUGCUCGCGGAUACCUACGCAUCACGCCUCGCGAGUCUGCCACCAAGGCUUGGAAUGACAAGCUUCAAGCAUCACUUGGGAGAAGCACUUUGGCCAGUGACCAAUGCAGCUCGUGGUACAAAUCAGACAACGGCUUGAUUGCCACGAAUUGGUCUGAGACUGUGGUCGAUUACCAACUCGAAGUCAGCACCAUUGAUUGGAGCGAGUAUGAGAUGCAAGGCCCCGGUGCGUCCGACCUACGUGCCAAAGGCCGAGUAAGCUGGUCGAGGGUCGUAGAGGAGUCGCAACCGUGGUUCUCCAGUUGGACCAGCGUCAUUUCGAUCGGGCUGCCAGUGAGAGUCCUUGCGGCCGCAACUCUACUCAGUAGUCGAUGGCUUCAGACACUAAUACUACCUGGAUGA